AUGGAGCUUAGUUCAGGUGCUAUGGCUGUUGAUAUAACGGGAUGCAAAAACUCGAAGUUGCUUGGUUUCCAAGGUCAACCUCCUCAAAAGCUAAAGUUGAUUGUGGUGGUAUUGGAUAAUGAGCCGAUAGAUCCUCCUCUUGAGGGGUGGUCUAUAUGUAACAUUAGUGAAAAAUCGGUUAUCAUGAAUGAGGUCAUUUUAUCUAUGAGACCUAAUCUUUGUGCUCUCUUAUGGGAAAAUUUCCCUUUGUCUCUAGUUUGCGUAGCACUUUUUGAUUCUGUAUUGUUGCCUCCAGGACCUAAGGAUUCGGAGAUUCUUGCAUAUACUUCUGGAUCACAAACUCUAAAAACCAGCUCCGAUUACCAUGCCAUGCUGUUUGAACCCAGUCAAAAUAGAAUGCUUAUUGAAACUAGUUCAAGUUUGACAGUUGCACAAAUGCAGAAAUUCACAAUUCGAGAAAUAUCUCCUAACUGGGGUUAUGCCAGUGAGUUGACAAAGGUGAUUAUUGUUGGAUCGUUUCUCUGCAAUCCAUCGGAAUCUACAUGGGCAUGCAUGUUUGGGGAUACUGAAGUUCCUCUCCAGAUCAUUCAGGAAGGGGUCAUCUGUUGUGAAGCUCCUCCUCACCUUCCUGGAAAGGUGACUCUCUGCAUUACUACUGCAAAUCGGGAGUCUUGUAGUGAAAUUAGAGAAUUUGAAUAUAGAGAUAAAACUAGUAACUGUAGUUUUUGCAAUUUGUAUGAGAUGGAAGUGCCUAAAAGUCCAGAUGAGCUAUUGUUGCUUGUCAGAUUUGUGCAAAUGCUUCUAUCUGAUUCAGAGUCACAGAAAGGAGAGAGCAUGGAAUCAGGCAUUCAUUUAUCAAGGAAAUCGAAACCUAAUGAGGACUCAUGGAGUCAAGUCAUAGAGGCCCUUUUGUUUGGCAGUGGGUCUCCUUCUGGUACUAUUGAUUGGCUUCUGCAAGAACUUCUAAAAGACAAGUUGCACCAGUGGCUAUCUUCCAAAUCCCAGGAUGGACAUGAUCUGACUGGCUGUUCCUUAUCCAAGAAAGAGCAAGGUAUAAUUCACAUGGUUGCCGGUUUGGGCUUUGAGUGGGCCUUAAAUUCAAUUCUCAGUCAUAGCGUCAGCAUCAAUUUCCGUGACAUUAACGGAUGGACUGCUCUUCAUUGGGCUGCACGUUUUGGAAGGGAAAAAAUGGUUGCUGCGCUUCUAGCUUCUGGUGCAUCAGCUGGGGCCGUCACGGAUCCGAAUUCAAAAGAUCCAACUGGUAAAACACCAGCAUCCGUAGCAGCAUCAUGUGGGCACAAGGGACUUGCAGGUUAUCUUUCGGAAGUGGCAUUGACAAGCCAUCUUUCGUCUCUCAAACUAGAAGAAAGUGAACUUUCUAAAGGCUCUGCUGAGGUACAAGCAGAAAUAACAGUCAAUAGCAUAUCAAAGCGGAGCCUCGGUAAUUGUGGGGAUCAGCUUUCUCUCAAGGAUACUCUAGCUGCAGUACGGAAUGCAGCUCAGGCUGCUGCACGUAUACAAUCUGCAUUUCGUGCACAUUCCUUCAGAAGGCGACAACAAAGAGAAGCUGCUAUUUCUGAUGCUAGAAUAGACGGAUAUCUUCUUAAUUCGGAUGAUAUUAAAGGGCUUUCAGCCAUGUCGAAACUGGCUUUUGGGACUGCUCGUGAUAGCAAUUUAGCUGCUUUAUCUAUUCAGAAGAAAUAUCGAGGCUGGAAAGGUCGCAAAGAGUUUCUAGCACUACGUCAAAAAGUCGUGAAGAUACAGGCUCAUGUGCGAGGUUACCAGAUUAGGAAGUACUACAAGGUUAUUUGGGCAGUUGGAAUUUUAGAGAAAGUUGUACUUAGGUGGCGACGGAAAGGAGUUGGUUUGCGAGGAUACAGACAUGAAAUGGAAUCCAUCAAUGAAACUGAGGAUGAAGACAUUCUGAAGGUGUUCCGCAGGCAGAAAGUGGAUGUAGAACUUCAGGAGGCUGUCUCGCGUGUGCUGUCCAUGGUUGAUUCCGAAGAUGCACGUCAGCAAUAUCGCAGAAUGCUUGACAAGUACCACCAAGCCAAGGCUGAGCUUGAUGACACAGGUGAAGCAUUCCCAUCGAUUGCAGUAUCUGAUAUCGAAAAGAACAAUUACCAUGACUUUCUGUAGAAGGUACAUAAAAGCAAGCUAACUUGGUUAAACUCACAGCUAGAUGGCUUUCAGAUUUUAGUUUGUGCAUAAUGGUUUGCAUUACAGAUUAGCCAAUAGUGAUCUGAGUCAGAUUAGAGAAUAGUCAGAUAGAUUUAUAAAUAUAUGAAUGCGUUUUUGUAAUUGCUGUAAAUGAUAUAGAAUUAUAAAAUGUCGUUGCAGUAGGACGAUUUCCGUGUACA